AUGUGGCAGCUACCACGCUCAACAUUCCGCCACGACAUCCGCUCCACGCUCCAAGCCCAGAACCGGUCCCCGGCCACCACCGCACCGCAACACCUCCUCCCACUCACCCGCGACUGGCUGUCCGAAGACCUCUCCACACCUCGCACAACGGGCCUGCUCGUCGCCUUCCUCCACGCCAUAGCCUCCACAUGUCCCGGCUGCCGGAAGGAGAUGUGCGACGCGCGGUCCAGAGUACCGGUGGAUAACUGCGGUGAGCAGGGCGACGACGAAGGCGAGGCGAGGCGAGCGACGACUGUUGGGGGCAGCAAUGUAUCCAUCAACGCACCCAGAAACAUGGUAGGUACAUGCCAGGUCAUGUUGCAGGCGAUUCCCACACGCUGCGGGUUGUAG